UCUGCAACUGAUUACAGGAUAAUAAAGUGGGAACGCAGAUAACCAGCGACACCCUUGGGUGCUAUUUUUGGUAUAUUUGAAUGUCAGCGACCAAAGAAAUUUAUCAGAGCAGGGCUGACAGGAAACAGGGGUCUUGUCUUAUUGUAACUGACAGUUCACAAGCUGCAUGCCAGUGUAUGGAGCUCGCUGCAGCCUCUACUGGAUGAAGGGAGAUUUCUCUGGACUCUAUGAGUUCUACCAACUUAUUACACUGACCAGUGAGGAUGGGGGUGGUCAGCAGUAAAAUGCUCUCCUGGAAGAAAAAUGACCAUCAUAAUCAGAGUUCUCCAGCUGGCCAGUUUUACAAACCUUCUCAUCCUCCAAUAGUUCCAGCUCCACGACCUCAGCAUUUGGCCGUAAAAGGCAAAAUUUCACAAAAAGAAAAGAAAUUUGUUGCUGCAUUGCAUGACUAUACUCCUCUAAAUAAUGGGGACCUGGAAUUACAAAAAGGAGAGAAACUGGAGCUCCUGUCAGAUUCCAGUGGAGAUUGGUGGUUUGCAAAGUCUGAACGUACUGGCAAAGAAGGCUACAUUCCCAGUAACUUUGUGACUCUUGUCAACAGCUUGGAAUUGGAAAUGUUCUUUUUCAAUCACAUCACUCGGAAAGAUGCUGAAAGACAACUCCUGGCUCCGGAUAACAACCCUGGAACAUUUCUCAUCCGUGAGAGUGAAACCAGCCUAGGCACCUAUUCGCUUUCUGUUCGCGACAAAGAUGCAACAAAAGGAGACAUAAUCAAACACUAUAAGAUCAGGAUGCUGGACAACGGCGGAUAUUAUAUCUCCCCCUCCCUCACCUUCUCCUCACUACAGGAACUUGUCGGACAUUAUUCCGCCAAGGCAGAUGGCUUAUGCCGCAAACUGACGAAGCCGUGUCCGGCGCUGAUCAGGAGCACGUGGGAGACAGACGUGUGGGAAAUCCCCCGGGACUCUCUUAGGCUCUUGAAGAAGCUUGGAGCAGGACAGUUUGGAGAAGUGUGGAUGGGUUAUUAUAAUAACAACUUAAAAGUGGCCAUUAAGACUUUAAAAGAAGGCAGCAUGUCCCCACUGGCUUUCCUGGAUGAGGCGAACUUGAUGAAAAUGCUCCGACAUGACAAGCUUGUGCAGUUAUUUGCUGUGGUCACCAAAGAGCCCAUAUACAUAGUAACAGAAUAUAUGAGUAACGGGAGUUUAGUGGAUUUUUUGCAGACAGAUGAAGGAGCAAAGCUGCGCUUUCCAAAACUGGUAGACAUGGCGGCACAGGUGGCUGAGGGUAUGGCGUACAUUGAGAAGAAGAAUUACAUCCACCGAGAUCUGAGAGCCGCCAACGUCCUGGUGUCUGAUAUUAUGUGCUGUAAGAUAGGAGAUUUUGGACUGGCACGAAUCAUCGAUACCGAAUACAUCGCAAAAGAGGGUACAAAAUUUCCCAUCAAAUGGACAGCCCCUGAAGCCGUCAACUUUGGAGUCUUCACUAUAAAGUCUGAUGUGUGGUCCUUCGGAAUACUUCUCACUGAAAUUGUGACAUAUGGUCGAAUUCCAUACCCAGGUAUGACGAACCCUGAGGUUAUACGGCUACUAGAAGAAGGCUAUCGCAUGCCCUGCCCUGAAAACUGUACAUCAGAACUGUAUGAUAUCAUGCUGAAAUGCUGGAGAGAAACGUCAGAGGAAAGACCAACCUUCGACUAUCUGCAGUCGGUUCUAGAGGAUUUCGGGACAGCAACUGAGAAGCAGUACGAGGAUGAACCCUGACACUGACCUAUUGCAUGUUACUUUCGCUGGAGUCCAAGUCAUGUGAUCCAGGCUUAAAAAUAAUGACUCCCCUCAAUCCCUGUUUAUAGGACAUAUUUUAGGAUUGGUCACUAGAUGAUUGGAUAAGUCUUCCUCUGCUCUACCUAAUGGCAACCAAUAUAAUAGUUUUACUUUUCAGUUUUAAAUUUUCAGUUAUUUGUACAAUGUAUUUGGAAUUAUGGCCAACGCCAGAUUAUACAUAGAGAAGUUGUAAUGAAUGAAGAGUACCUAGGGGAAAUCAGGCAGUGCCAAGGGGUCAAAACCUGUGGGCCUCUCGAGAAGAACAUCAAAUGUGGGACCUCCACCUGAAGAUGUUCAUCCAGCAUGGUGCUUUCCAUUUUGGAAGUUGUCAGUGGGGUAGUGAUGUCACUAUUCUACAACCAGAGGACAAGAGACUUGUUGAGGUCCAUUUGUAACAAUUAGCACUGUCAAUUCACUUUUGGCAUAUAAGGGUUUAUUCAUUGGACACACUGUGGGUUUACACCUGGGAUAUAUGUGACAUAUAGACCACUGGGUCAACCUAUGUUUUUCCAAUUGUGCACUACGUGUCACUGAGUCCCUGUUGCUUUUUAGUCAUUCUUGGUGUGUUCUGCCUCUACGGGCUUUGUGCUGGUUUCUCUCCUUCAGCUGCAUUUUAACUGGCUGUCCCAUGGAAUAGAGUAGUGGUCAAGCAUGUGCAGCACCGCUCUAUUCACACACAGGACUCAUAGACCCCCAUUCUUAUGAACGGUGGGGUCCCAAUGAUCCUGUAGAUGGAUGACAAAUGUUUAUAGGACAUUGAGGUCCUAUAACAACUCAAGGUUACUACAGGAUAAGUAAUGUAAUGUAUGUACACAGUGACUCCACCAGCAGAAUAGUGAGUGCAGCUCUGGAGUAUAAUACAGGAUGUAAGUCAGGAUCAAUACAGGAUAAGUA